AAGACAUUCACUUGGGCCACUGGCGAUGUCGUCGCGUGCGGUGUUGUCGCUGGGCGCGGGCGGCGAGGAGGGCGCGCGGCACGUGGUGCUGGUGGCGCCGCGCGAGGAGCUCGCCGCGCCGAGCCUCCCGAGCCCCGCGCCCGGCCUCAUCCUGCCCGACGGCUCCAUCAACUGGGGCUGUCCGUGCCUUGGCGGCAUGUCCACCGGACCCUGCGGACAACAGUUCCGAGACGCAUUCUCCUGCUUCCACUACAGUGAGGCGGAUCCGAAAGGCAGCGACUGUUACGAGUUCAGCGUGAUGCAGCAGUGCAUGUCGCAGUACCCCGAGCUGUACGGCAAGGACGACGACGAGGAGCUCGCGGCCGCGCUGCACGACGCCGAGGACGCCGCGGACACCGCACCCGCACACACCGCACCCGCCGCCGGAGACUCCGCCCGCACCACCGACCGCGUCGACAAAUAAUCAACACCGAUACAUACUCAAACGACGACCAACUAUUCUCGUUCAUCUGUGGCGUAUCCAAUGUCUAAUGGAAAUAAUCAUAAACGCACACUACAAAAUAUCGCUAUCGCAAUAAUUUGAUAAUAACAUCCCAUACCAGUAUCGCCAGAAUUCUAUUAUUAUCAAGUCGAUGUAGUGUG